GCACAUAGCACGAGAAUGGUUCCAUCAACACAAGCCCGUCGGCCAAGCCCCAGGGCAUACCCCAACUGAGCAGGCUGACGACACAACUUCUCACUCAGAUUCAGCAAAAUCUAACCACGAGUCAACGAGCUUGACGAUGCCAACAGCAGAUGACCAGUCAUUCGAGAAGCGAGAUGCGGUUGAUCGCAAUGUUACUUCUGAGCCUCGUGGCACGAGCAUCUCCCCAAUGCCCGAACCUUCCUAAUGAGCUGACCGAUCACGCAGCUGAAAUAACCUGUAAUUACGAAUUUUCGUGUGUGGAGGGGUUCUUCGUAGACUACGCGAAAACCGCAGAGCAGUACGAAGGCGGUAAGGUCAUUACUCAGCCUGGUCUGGGACUGCUAGACAGAGCAUAUGAUGGAGAGGACACACACGAUGCCAAUGAAAGUGCACGGUGGGCUCGUUUUGCCAACUAUGUCCAGAGACUGAACAGCCAGAGUAAGGAUGGCGAGUCUUAUAAGGUUUUGUUCCUGAUCCGUCAUGGGUUCGGCGUGCAUAACCAAGUCAUGGAAAAGGUUGGAUCGCAGGCUUGGAAUCACGACUGGUCGCAUCGUGAUGGUGAUGGCGAACUCAUAUGGGCCGAUGCUCACCUAGUCGACGCUGGUAUCACUCAAGCCAAGAGCCUGGGUGAGUUCUGGCUCAACGGCGUACAAAAUGAGGCCAUGCCUCUGCCAGGAACUAUCUAUACAAGUCCAUUAGCUCGGUGUCUUGAGACCACAAAAUUGGUCUAUGCGCCUGUUUUCUCGGCACAUCAACGCAAACUCCAACCGACCAUCAAGGAACGACUCCGAGAAUUUCUGACCGACCACACUUGCGAUAGGCGUAGUACGAGAUCUUGGAUACAUGAGAACUACCCUGAUUACAUUAUUGAGGAAGAUUUUGGGGAGCACGAUGUACUCUGGCAUGCUGACAAGGCGGAGUCAAUGGAAGAGCAUGUUGUGCGGAAGCAGAAGCUUCUUGAAGAUAUCUUCACGCAUGAUGCUUCUCCAUUCAUCUCACUGACAACACAUUCUUAUGCCAUCUCAGCACUUCUAAGUGCUGUGGGCGCCCCGAUGUUCCGUGUGGGAGAAGGCGUCAUGGUGCCCUUAUUUGUCAAAGCUGAGAAGAUAGCAUUAGGAACCACAAAGGGUGUUUGAGAGCCGCGUAUCCUGCGGAAAACAGCCAAUCAAGCGAGCGGACAGUCCGAGACUCCGAGGCAAGGUACUCGCGAGCAGUACCUGGAGCUUGUAUGAUAUACAUGCUACGGUUGCGAAGUAACGGCAUGAAUUGAAUGCGUUAUUAUUUUGACAUGAGGUUCUCAUCCGCUCGUCUGAUUUGGGAGAAAUUGCAUGAUUGAAGCUCAUUUCCAGUGUUUGUGCUUUUUUCGUAUCUCAUAAUUGACAAGUCACGCUAACAACCAGCUAUCAUAAAACUAAUGCAAGUCGUUAUUCAGCCCAACUUA